GAUUUUGUUUUGCCCUCUGGAGGAUUCAGUAGUUCUGAAAAAAAUCAAAGAAUGACCCAGACAUGUAUUCUAAUGGCAGGACACUGGUUUCUUUCAGCUGUAAUGUUUUCUGUAUUUUCCCUGCUUAAUUAAAUUUAAACAACAGUCAGAAUCUACUCCUUCAAAUUUUAUUCUCUUACUGAUGAGGUAGAAUCUCCAGGAUGAGAAUAAUGACACGAUCUCGUUAUUUUGACGUAGAAAGGUUACUUCCAAUAAAUUGAGCUCAGAGCUUUAAUUCAGGGAGUUUAGAGUAUAUCAACAAUUAAAAAGCAGCAGAAAGGCGAGUUGAAUAAAACCAAAGCUUUCUGUUCACUUGAGCUACCUACCUGUCUGGACUUGAAAGAACAUACUUUCUGUUCCCUCCUCAUGUUUAAUAAGGCAGUGGGUGUAACCAUAAACAUUCGCUGCAGAGACAUGUUGUGUUGAUCAGAGUUUAAGCCAACUUUACUAGUGAACAGUUGAAAUUCAAACAUCCCAGGAACUGAGAGGGAAAAUGGCUGAGAGAGGAGAUCAUCUGAACAAAGAAAAAUUCUUCUGUUGCAUCUGUUUGGAUCUACUGACGGAUCCGGUAACUAUUCCCUGUGGACACACCUACUGUAUGAACUGUAUUAAACACCACUGGGAUGAAGAAGAUCAGAGGAGAAUCCACAGCUGCCCUCAGUGCAGGAAAGAGUUCAUACCGAGACCUAACCUGGAGAAAAGCUUUAUGUUGUCAGAGUUGGUGGAGGAACUGAAGAAGACAGGACUCCAAUCUCCUCCAGCUGAUCACUGCUAUGCUGGACCUGAUGAUGUUUCCUGCGAUGUCUGUACUGGGAGGAAGAGGAAAGCUGUCAGGUCCUGUUUAUCAUGUCCAGCUUCCUACUGUAGAGAUCACCUCCAACCUCAUUAUGAUGUUCCUGGAUUAAAGAAACACAAGCUGGUGGAUCCCUCCAAUAACCUUCAGCAGAGGAUCUGCUCUCGUCAUGAUGAGGUGAUGAAGAUCUUCUGUCGUACUGAUCAGCAGUGUAUCUGUUAUCUCUGCACUAUGGAUGAACAUAAAGGCCAUGAAACAGUCCCAGCUGCAGCAGAAAGAGCUGAGAAGCAGAAGGAGCUCCAGGAGAGUCGACAACAAAUCCAUCAGAGAAUCCAGGACCAAGAGAAAGAUGUGAAGCUGCUUCAACAGGAGGUGGAGGCCAUCAAUGUCUCUGCUGAUAAAGCAGUGGAGGACAGUGAGAAGAUCUUCACUGAGCUGAUCCCAGCCCUGCUGAGCAGGCUGGAAAAACCCCAGAAGGCCCAUGUGAGCGCUGCAGAUAUUCUUGUCCUCAUUUAUGAUUCUCUGUGA